CUAAACUAAAUCAGACUAAACGAAUGGUUUAAUAGCCUAUUGUAAAACAAAUUGAUUUAGGUUCUUCUGAUUUAAUUGUGAAAUGUCAUCUGAAAGUGAAGAGGAAGACUAUGUUUCUUAUGGGACACCACUAGAAGAACUUGACGAAGAUACUAUCCCAAAGAAAAGACCAGUGACAGUAGAAGAUCAGGUUGCCAAAGACAAACAUGGACGACGAAGAUUUCAUGGGGCCUUCACCGGAGGGUUCUCAGCCGGAUUUUUUAACACUGUUGGUUCUUUGGAAGGUUGGAAACCAUCUCAGUUCAAGUCAUCACGUUCAUCAAAAUCAAAGGCACAGUUUCAAAAACCUGAAGAUUUUAUGGAUGAUGAGGACAUGGAUGAGUUUGGUAUUGCCCCAAAAGUGUUGCGUCCAAAGGGAGACUACAGCGAGGAUCAAGGUCCAAGUAGGAAACGUCAUUUUCCACAGGUCUCGGACGGUCCUAUUCCUGGCACUCCGGUCCUCAGCACCCUCAUUGAACCUGUCAGGGAAACAAUUGGAAUUCGUUUGCUGAAAAAGAUGGGCUGGAAACCAGGACAAGGUGUUGGUCCGAGGCUUUCCAAGUCUGAAAAAAUAGUUUCAAGAAAGUCUCGAAAUGAAGUAAAAGUUUAUGGCUGUGCUCUGCCAAACCAGGAAUCAACACUGAGAGGAACAUCAGACGAGUCCGAGGAGGAUGAUGAUAUUGACCCUGAUGUGACAUUUGCUCCGGAUGAUUUUGAUGCAUGGACUGUCAAGCCUAAGGAUGACUGUUUUGGCCUCGGUUAUUCAGGCCUUGACAGAAGGCCUGUUCUAUCUUCCCACAUAGAUUUAUUUGGUCCGGCUACGUCUUCUCUGAUUAUGAGUGAAAAAAAGAAAAAAGUCAAUAUUCGAGGUCAGGCCUUUGGAGUUGGCGCUUUUGAAAGAGAAGACCAAGACAUUUAUGCUGCAGAUGAUAUGAGUCAGUAUGACUUUGCUCUCGACACACCACAAAUGUUGGCUGAGAAACGUCAGCAGGAACGCAACAAAAAGCAAAUGUCUAAAACUCAGACUUCCGCAGAUGUUUUAGAAGGUUUUGAGCUGUCGUCAAAAACCUUAGUUAGGAAGACUUAUCCUCCUCCACCUCUUCCUGCUGGUUUCACCCCUCAACAUGAGGUCAAACAAAGCAGGUUCAGUGCUCCCAAGGUCACUGAUAUACUCAAGGUCACUGAUAAGAGACUAACUGCUGCUGAAAGGGCUGUGAUAGUCAAUGAACCUGAAUUGUCAUCCACUAAAAUACUGCCCAAGGCAGCACCAGAAAUAGAAAGGACUACAACUUCAUUCCGCCCAUUUGUGGCUGAUCCUGAAAAACAGGAACGAUACGAGAAAUUUCUGACUCUUUCAAAACAGGGACGAGAAGAAACAUUGAAGGAACUGCAGCCAUUUUCAAUGACGGAGUGGGAAAGAGAGAGGGAGAGAGUGGAAUUUGAGCAAGCAGCUAGGUUGUAUCGGCCGCUCAGUGCUGCGUUCAGUGACCGCUUUGUACAAGCUAGUGCUGCAGACGACGCUACAGAUCCCCUGGUGCCUGUGGCGAGAUCUACGGACCUCGAUCAGGAUGUGAAGAGUGCAGCAAAGAUGAAGAUGUUUGGCAAACUUACACGGAGAGUCAGUGAAUGGACGCCCCACAACACACUGUGCAAGAGGUUCAACAUUCCCCCACCAAGGGGUAGUGGUCCUUCCGUUCAAACAAAAACAUCUCGACCUAAGUUUUCAGUUUUCAACUUUCUGGAUGCUGCACCAUUCAACAAAACAACUUCAGAUGUAAAUGACAGUCAACCGGAAAUUUUAAUGGAAACUUCUACUAAAAGCUGUACUUUGAAAACCCCUAUGGAGACCCUCAGCUCUGAUUUCACUUCAAAGCAAACAUGUUCAUCUCAAGAAGCUAUUCAGCCAGUAGAAGAUAAAGAAACACCAACCAGAUCCAAGGAUGAAGAUUUGGAACAAUUAGCAGACUCAACAAGUAAAAUGGACCUUUACAAAGCGAUCUUUCUCAGCAGCAGUGAUGAAAGUGAUAAUGAAAAUGAAACCAAAACUUCAACUUCUCAGCAACAGAAAAUCGUGACAGCAACAGAACAAAAUAUUCUGAGGAAUACUUCCCCCCCUCGAGGCAUCUUUGCUAACCUGGACUUUGAGAAAUUGAACAAACCAAAAUCUGAUUGCCCUAGUCCAAAACCACAAGAUGUACCUAAAUUAGAUAUUGUAAGAAAUACAUCCCCUCCUAGAGGAAUAUUUGCUAAUUUGGAUUUAAUUUCUGAAAAUAACAAAGAUAAGCGUGACAUAUCAAGAACUUUAAACGAAUCAAAAAAUAAAUUAGUAAACCACUCAGAAGAAAGUGAAGUGUUUGGGCCAGCCUUACCGAGAAAUCAGAGGUUAGAAGUGAGUAAAACAACAAAUGAAACUCCUUCUCUGCGUGAUCAUGAUGAAUCUGGACUAAUAUCAAGCAGGUCGGUUGAUGUACAAAAUAGAGUUAGUGUAGUUACCCUGGAUAGCUCUAGUGAUAGUGAGGACGAUUGGGUGGAAAAGAAUGAUAAGAGUGACAGUGAUGAUUCUGAUAAACCCUCAUCAAAGAAGAAACACAAAAAAAAGUCACACAAGAAAAAUAAAAAACACAAGGAAAAGAAACACAAACACAAAAAGAAGAAAAAGAAAUAAAAUUAUCUUUUAUUUGUAUUUUGAGUUUUUAAAUCAAA